CCAGAAAACCAAAUCUUGAAAGAAAGAAAGAAAAAGAGCAGGAAAUAGAAAGGAAAAUGGAAUCAAGAUCAUAAGGAGGGGUAACGGAGGUUGGUCAGAUAAUUGAAAAAACGAGACGGAGGGAUCAAAUCUAAUGGACAACAAAGAGUUCCAGUUUACGAAGUUCAACCGAUCCCAGGUCUCCCUCGCUCAACUCAAAUAAACAUAUUCGGCAUUCUUCAGUUUCAGGCAUUACAAACUAGUAUGCCAACAAAUGUGAAGAGAGAGAUAUUCAUACAUAUGUAGGGAAACCCAUUCUAACAACAAAAGCACAAAAACGUCAUACAUGAAGAAGCUGCAAUUGCAUACAAUCCAAUAUGUGAAAAGAUUGGUUGAUAUGUAUUGAAGAAGAUGGUUAUUGAAAACCUGCAUGAAGAGAAGGGAAAAUGCGCUUCCAUGGGAACAAAACUUCGGGGAACAACGUCGAAUAAAACUCGACUGCCCCAACAAAAGUCUGCAUUGACUGGCAAAAUACGGAAGUUUCAGUUAGUUGAAUGCAAGAAACGUGAGAAAACUGAGGACAUUGCCACUGGAUCUGGUAGACUAAAGAAAAGGAAAAGGGCAAAGAGAAGGAAGCAAAAUGCAGAGCAUGAUGAAGUUUCUCGUUUGCAAAGACGGACUAGGUACCUCUUAAUAAAAAUGAAACUGGAGCAGAACCUUAUUGAUGCUUAUUCCACAGAAGGUUGGAAGGGCCACAGUCGGGAAAAAAUUAAGCCUGAAAAAGAACUUGAGAGGGCAAAGUUGCAAAUACUGAAGUGUAAGCUUGAGAUAAGGGAAGCAGUUCGCCAACUGGAUUUGCUGAGGUUACCAGGGCACAUUGCUAAUGAAGUCAUUGCUCCUGAUGGUUCUGUCCACCAUGAACAUAUAAUAUGUGCAAAAUGUAAAUUGCGUGAUGCUUUCCCUGAUAAUGAUAUCAUACUUUGUGAUGGACCAUGUAACUGCGCUUUCCAUCAAAAAUGUCUUGAUCCUCCACUAUCAACAGAAAACAUUCCUCCAGAAGAUGAGGGAUGGUUUUGCAAUUUGUGCAAGAUCAGGAUGGAAAUUAUUGAAGCUACCAAUGCUCAUCUUGGCACCCAUUUUGCUAUGGACAGUAAUUGGGAGGAUAUCUUCAAGGAAGAAGCUGCUUUGCCCAAGGAUGAUGAGAAUUCAUCCCUUUACCCUGAACAUGAAUGGCCAUCUGAUGACUCAGAAGAUGAUGACUAUGACCCUGAAAAGAUUGAGAAUAGCAGCAGCAAGAGUACUAAUAACCACGAAUCUGGUGUUUCGGAUGAUGGAGGGAGUUCAAGCAGUUUGGGCUCACUUGAGGACGAGCCAUUAUGUGGAAGGCAACAGAAAAGAAUCAGAUUUAGAAACCAAUCUGCUGAAGUCAUGGGUAGGCUAGAUUCCAAUGAGAUGACUGAUUGUGAGGUCAUAAACAUCCCUAGACAGAGAACAACUGUUGAUUAUAUAAAGCUAAAUGAUGAAUUAUUUGGUAAGAAUCCUCCUGUCAAUGAACAAAACAGUGAAGAUGAAGAUUGGGGCCCGAAAAGAAAGCAUAAGAAAAGGGAGUUUGAAUCCGACGCAGCAAACACUCUUAUGACUCUCUGUGAAAAUGAGAAUGAAAGUAGAUCUCCCAAAGUAACAAAACAAUUAAGCAAAACAACUGAACGAUCUAUAUUCAGAAUUCCUCUUAAUGCAGUUGAGAAGCUUCGCCUUGUGUUUGCUGAAAAUGAACUUCCAUCUAGAGCACAAAAGCAAAACCUUUCAAAGCAGUUAGGUCUUGACUCUGAAAAGGUGAACAAGUGGUUUAAGAAUGCUCGUUAUUUUGCAUUGAAAGGUAGGAAGAAGUCCGAGAAAGCAAAUCCAAGUAAAGUUGUUAGUCCUAUAGCGUCAGAGGAAUGUCCUGCAAAUACAGGGAAAGGCAAAACUACAAAGAAAUUUGCCUCACAAGGUGUGAAUGCUGAAAUUACAGUUCAAGUGCCAAAGAAUCUGAAAAGAACCCAUAGGAGAAAUAGUGCAAACAAGCUCAUUUGCAAAUCAAAGAGAGGGCAGCUAAGAAAAGCAUUACAGUAUCAAGAAGGAAACUGCAAGGCAACGGUAUAUUAUGGUGAAGAUCCCCUUAAACUUCCGAGAGAGCUCGUGAAGGCCAAAAGAGGACUAUGUUGCCAGAGAAAAGAUGGAGAGCUGGAAGCUGAAGCUGAAAUGGAAAGGCUCUAUAAAAUCAAGGAGAAGGUGGAAAGGCUGCAACAGCUAGUUCUAUCUGGAAUUCAUAGUGUUAACAUAACAGAAUCAAGUCCUCCUUCAUUUAUGUAUGUACCUGUUGCAGAGCUAAAAGUGAAAACAUAAAAAACUCUAUAAUAUUCAAGGGAUAAUUCCCUUUUGAUAUAAAAAAAGUUUAGAUCUCCCCAUUUGGUAUAGAUUCCCAUAUAAUUU